AUGUCUCAGAGCCUUCAUGUUUGCAAAAUCUGCGGAAAAGGGUAUGCAACUGUACAAGCUGUGUGUGGUCACCAGAGGGCUCAUUCGAAGCUGAAACGGGUUCGGGGUGGUCUCAAGAAGCCUCCUAGGGUUUGUACUGGUCCUUUACAGAGAGGAUGUAAAGCCACUUGUUCAUUGUCUCUCAAGGAGUCUUCUUCUUCUUUUAUGAGUGAGAUUGAGAAACAAGAGAUGGAUGAAGCUGCGGUGAGCUUGGUUAUGUUUUCUGAAGGAGUUUCUGAGAACAGAAACUUGCCUCAGGGUGUUGAUCAGUGGAGAAAAGAGUUUAGUGAAGUGUCUGCUACUUGUAGUGAUGUUGUUGCUCAAGCAUUGUCUCCCCCUCUGAGAAGUAAGUCGCAGAUAAAACGAGAGAGUAACUUCAGCUAUAGAUUCAAGAUUUGCGGCAAGAGUUUUGAGCGUUCUCUAGGUAGUCACCAAGCGCUUCAUAGAUCAGAUAGAGGGCAAGAUGGUCAUUUACUGUCUGUGUUGACUGAUUCAGGAGCUAAGAAGAUUGUUCCACAACCAUCAUGUAUUGGAGUCUCUCAAGAGGAGUUGAUUGAACGUGGAGAUACUAAUGUGAAGGAACAUUCUGUUGAAGCGAGGCAAGGUUUUAGUAAAGUGUCUUCUCACUCAAGUUUCGAAAAGUCUAGUUGUUACAGUGAUGUUGUUGCUCAAGAAGCGUUGCUUAUUCCUUUGGGAAGUAAGUUGCAGGAGAAACCUAAAAGUAAAUCCAGCUAUAAAUGCAAAGUAUGUGGCAAGAUUUUUGGGUGUUUUCAAGCUCUAGGUGGCCACCAAACGCUUCACAGACCCAUUAAUGUGGUAAUGGGGCGUAAAAGGAAGAGAUUUGAAGAUGGUAGUUCACCGUCUGGCUCAUCGGAAGCUAAGAAGAUUGUUUCACAACCAUCAAGCUAUGAGGUAUCAAAGGAGGAGUUGAUUGAACUUAGAGAUACUAAUGUGAAGGAACAUAGUGUUGAGUUGAAACAAGAUUUCCAACAGUUUAGUACUUGCGGUGAUGUUCUUGCUCAAGCAUUACCUUCUCCUCUGAGAUGUAAUACGCAGAAAAGAUUACAGAGUUAA